AUGGCGACGAUACUUAAAUUCCGUCAAAGUUCCCUAAGAGUAGUUGGGACGGCUAAGGGUAAGAAAGUUCCAAUUUUAUUGGUUUUUGAUCUAAAUUUUAAUGUCGAAUUAGAAGCGUGAACUCUGGCAAAACUGACGAUUUAGUCUUAAACUUUUCGACUGUCACACAAGGUCAUACAGGACGAAAGCUCAUUAAAACGGGGUUCUUGAGUUCGAGAAGUUUCAUUUUUUUGCCUGUAUCAGGAAUUAUCCUGUUUUAGUAUGGAAGAACAUGAAUUCAAAUCACCUGAAAUUAGCCACUCGUAUGGGAUGACGCGAAAGCAUUAACGAUGAAAUUGGAAUAAAACCUUACUUUCUGGAACAGAGAAGGCACUAGGUCAGUUCCAGGCCAUUCUCCCCUCUUUCCUCGUAAAUUAGUUACGAGAAUUUGGUGUUAAAUCGAGAAAACAACUUUCAUAUGAGGAGAAGUUACAUGUUAAUCACUUCUGGGAGUUUAAGGCUAGGCUUAAUUAGCUAAGGUAUCAGGGGUUUCAAAAUGUGACCAGUUGCAGAAGAAAAAUUGGAAAAACAAAAUGUUAUGGCGAUGGGCAAAAUCUGAUCCAAUCACGUGGUGAACACUUCCUUCUCCAGAUUCCUCUCAUCCAUGUUUGCUUUUUUUCCUCUUCUUUUAUCUCUGAAUAUGCAGCUGAAAUAUCAGCCAUUUUAUGAUUAUUCCCAACAGAGGCAUGCCAAGGAAAUGUAGUAACUAAACCAUUUUUGGGUGGUGGCCAUUAUAGAAGGUGCCUGUCAUCCCAUGUUAAUGUCCAAAAACAUGGAAGUAUAGCCAUUUUGGAGCUAAACAGGGGACCAGUGAACAGCUUCAGCCUGGAAUUUUUAGAAGAAAUAAAUACCACUUUGGGCAGCCUUGAAAAUGAUCAGGACUGCCAAGGAGUUAUAAUUACUUCAGUAGGUUACCAUGUAGUACAUGUAUUUUACUUCAAAUGAAGUUCUGAUUAGCCAUUAGUGGGUUUUAGAUCUACUUUUGGUGUGUUAACUGCAAACUACAGUAAGCAGUUUGAGGCUAGAAGUUGGGAGAUUAUCAGCAUUUUAGACUGACAUUGGCUUUCACCUGACCAUAAAUGUGUACAUGGCCAUCUUGAAUUAAAGGCAGGAUGGAAAUUCUUCAUUUCAAACAAAAAAAGUGGCAGAAAGAUUCGUUUUUUAAUGUCCCAAAUGGAUCAGCUAAAAAUAGAAAACCUCAUCUUAUAUAACUAAAAGGAAAAAUGUGGAAAAACUUAUAAACAGGAGGAAGAAAGCACAGAAGGAGUUUACCUACCUGAAACUGCCAAAAGUUCAAACAUGGAAUGCAAAUAGCAAAUAUGACUGCUGGAGUCUGGUCACAUGACUCCUUGUGGUUUGUGGUCACAAACAGGAAUCUAGAAUUCUCUUUUGCUCUUAGAAAACAGUCAAGGUGUCCAUGACAAGUAAUGGAAAUAGAGUAGGGGAAGAUUUUAUAAGCCUAUAGGAAGCCUAAAUAAAAACUACUGCAGCCUUUCCUGGUUUCUAUAGAGCUUACGAAGCAUCUAGGAAUAAUAUUAAUCCAGUCUUGGAAAAGGAUGGAAGUUCCAAUACUGCUUAUUCUCCAUUGUUGAGAGAGAAACUGUGAGAGGAAAGAGGAUCAUGCAAAUACACAACUGAAUUGAGUUGAUGAUGAUUGUUAGACUAAUUGUUGUUGUCUCUGAUUGAAUUAGGGUGUUCCAAAAGUGUUUUCUGCAGGGCUUGACCUAGUGAAGGAAAUUUACAAGCCUUCAGAUAAAAAGCGCCUUGCUUCUUUCUGGAGUAAUUUUCAGGAGAUGUGGCUUCGCUUGUAUGGAUCACGGCUAGCUACAAUGGCAGCUAUUAAUGUGAGUUAUCCAUUCAGUUAAACUUGAUAUCUUUAUUGUCUCCUUCACCAUCUCUUUCAUUUUCUUUUAGGAUUAACAAUUCUAUUUGUUUGUCUGAGUAUUAAUCCUUGAAAUACAUGUCACCUGAGCCUCUAAAUUCUCUUUGAAAUCCAAAAUUUUUCUUGGAGAUUUUGACCCUUUAACUCCCAAGAUCUGAUUGGUAACUGUCCUCUCUGGCUGCUACACAUUUCCUUGUUCAUUAUUUACAAGAAUUUGGUGUUAGAUCAAGUAAACAACCUCUACCUGAUAAGUUUGAGCGUUCUCGUUACCUGUGUGCUUGAUAAUGUGUGGAUAUCAUAAGGAGAAGUUACAUGUGAAUCAUAUUUUUUAUUUAAAGGGUUAAUGAUUGUUGGUUGCCAAAUGGGGACUUGGAAAAGAGUUGAGCUAAUGUGUUAAUCAAGUGGAAGCUUCAACAUCCCCCCCCCCUCCCUUGGAAACCCAUAGGGCAUUUGAACAUUUCAAAGUUGGUUCAUUCAAAUUCUUGUCCCUCAGGACUAAAAGAAUGUGCAAAUGCCCCACCCAAGUACCAAAUUUGAUGAUCAAUGUUUUUAUAAAAGGCAAGAUCAGUGACCAUGACUUUCUAAUAGACCUUUUCUCUUGAGCCACCAGCUUAAAAAGUGAGCUUUAUAACUUUAAUCACCUCCACAUUAAAAGAAAAAACACAUAUGUUCUGCUAAAAAAGACUUGACAGUUCAGGUUCAAAUUUCCCACCACACCCAGGCAAGGUUCAAACUCCCCAUCCUUAGCUUUGGAGGACAGUCAAAUGCCCUGUGGGUUGCCUUGUGGGAGGGACAUGUUGAAGCUUUGAUUUGAUUAGUGCUUAAGAUCCAUGUUAGACUGACACCCUCUGCUGAAAUUGGCCCCUUAAGUUCAUCCCUUGCCAAUUUGGAGCAUUCCUUUAUUUUAGGGUCAUGCUAUGGCAGGAGGCUGUGUCUUGGGCUUGUCAUGUGACUAUCGUGUCAUGGCUGAGGGAUUCAGAAUUGGAAUGGUGGAAAUUGAGGCAGUAAGUUAUUUUAAGUUCCUUGACAAGAAAGUCAUGUGAUAAUAAAUGAGUUACUGAUGGGGCUACUUGAGACAUUAGUAAUUGUGAUGAAUGAGUGUGGUGAAUUUCUAACACUCUGCAUGCUUUAAAUCAGCUCUCAAUCAUGAGCAUGAAAAAAUUUGGUUUUAUCAAUUUAUUUAAUAAUGUGAAUGACCACUGGGAGGGGCUUCCAGAGCUGACAUUUUGAGUGCCAGCCAGUGAUCUAGCCCUUUGCCAGAGUGAAUUGGAAUUUGAAUUUUGCUACAGUAACAGCAUAAAAACAAUUAUCAUUCCAUUCAAUGCUCCAAAUCCAUUAUCUGAUAAAACUAACUUUGUUGAAACAAAUAUUUGAUAAGCUCAAAUGCUGGUUUGAACAAAAACUCCUAAAUGGGUUUUUUUAAUUUUUUUUUUCUCAAUUUUAUGUUUUAUAGGGUGUUCCACCACCAACUUGGUGAGUGCAAUUUAUCACAAGUAGAGCGCUUUUCGAUUGUGUGUCGUACAAGCGUAACAGAAGUGUCGUUUAACCAAUACCAAUGUAAUCACAACGGCCAAUCAGAUGACAGGAAAAAACCUUUUAGAGCCAAUGAUGACUCAAAAUAAAACCGACCAAACUGCCAAAAGCGCGGGAAAACGCGAGCGACCAAGUCGUGAUUGGUUUCAGUUAAAUUGCAUCUGAUUGGUUGAGAAAGGGCGCAAGUUUCUUAGACUAAUUACAACGAGAAGUAAAGUAGAAGCAAGGUAGUCCUGGAUUAAUUUCGACACUCGAUUCAAAGUUUCUCAAUUCGUUCAACAGUUGUGGUUGUAGUGGCUUGUACGUUGCCUCGCCAUUCACUUGUAUUGUAAUGGGGCGAACGCUAACAUAAAUCAAAUCAAACUUGACCAACGCCGCGUCGGGGAAAUGUCUCAUAUCAACGGAACUUUCAAGCGUCUAUCAAUCUCAACUGGUUUAUUAUUUAUUGGAAAGCUCGUAAAAACUGAAAUACAAUAAAUUAAAAUAGGCUAUUACCAUACUAUAUACUAUCAAAAUGUCCUAAACUCGAACGCGCGGGUCGUGUAAAUAGAUAAAUCAAAACAACACAAAUAUCUUAAGCGCAACAAAACUACCUUGAUUAUACACGUUUCGGUUUAUAAAUACAAAAAUAAAUAAGAUGACAUACCUCUUUCCCCAUUCUAUUAUUCUAGUAAUUCGACAAUCCUUCGAUCUGGCUAUGCUUGCGACUAACAUGUGUCUCGUGGUCGAAUGAGACCUUAUGCCGAAAGUUCGAGGGUAUGUCACACAAAACAAAACAAAAGGGUAUUGAACGUUACGCAAAUCAUAACUAAAAAUAGUCUUCGUUGCAUGUAUUUUCCAUCAUUAGGGUGGUUGGUACCAUGAGAAAUGUGGUUGGCCAAAGUUGUACAGAGAAAGCGAUCCUAAGUAACAAGAGGUACACAUCCGAGGAAGCUCUAGCCGUAGGAAUGGUUGAUAAGGUUGUACCAAAGGAUAAAACCAUGGAAGAGACGAUGGUAGAAAUGGAAAAAUGGGUCGCUUUUUCUAGUAAGAGUUUCAAUUAACUGUUUUCUCCAGAAACGCCCGCCACUCUGACAUUGAACACUUAUUUUCUCUUCAUACUCCUAACAAUUUUUUUUUAGGUUUUUGAUACCUCACGGCAUAACCCUGCACCCCCUCCCCUCCCCUCGUCCAACCCUCAAAAUUUCCCAGUCACUCUUUAUGAGAAGGUUUUGUAAAUUAUUUAAGAUGACCAACGUCAUUAACUAGAUUAAAAAUUGGGAAAGAAGAACACUCUCCUAGUCCUUCGCUCUCAGUGUGAGUUCUGAUUCGUCUAACCGAUGACCUUGUCUUCCAUUUAUGAAUUUUCUUUAGAAUAUUAUGGUAAUUCAAGGCAGCAUCGCGUAAUUGAUAGUUUGCUUAAUUCUCCUUAUAUUUUGGCUCUGUGGUGCACACUUGCGCACUGAACAGGGGGUGAAGUAGUCGGUCGUAUGUUUUUCUCCAUUUUUAGGCAAAGCUAGAGAAUUAACCAAAAAAACACUACGAAAAGAGUUUGUGGAGGCGCUGGAGAAUAACAGAGCCGAAGACAUCAAGGACUUCUGUGACUGUAUACUCGAUGAAAAUGUACAGAAAGCAAUUGGGAAACAAAUCGAGAAAAUCUCCAAAAAGAACUAGAUACCGAAAGCACCGCGUGAAUCGUGUUGUCGUCAACGAUAACAAUUUGGCAGACGAAGAGAAGUCAGCGAGUGAACAAGUGAACUGGCAUCUGGAGAACUUCCUUCAUUUUCUGAGACCAACUUGAAGUGAGGCGCUUUGUAGUGCUUCAACAUAAAACUGCCAUUAUGUAAAUUAAACAUAACUUUUAGAAUAAGUAUCGUCACCAAUUCACAUAUCAACGUAUAAUCACAGUUUGUGUGCGUGGCAUGGUUUUCCUAUCCUGUCCUUCAAAGGUGGAUUGCCCGACCAAAUCAUGUCUGCAUUUUCAGACGUUUCGCUCUUUCAUGGCAUUUUAAAGGUCGCCGCAGGGGCACUUUAUGUUAGGAGACGCUUGUUUGGCCUUUUCAUUUGAAAAGGAGCCUCUUAAAUCGCAGAUAUCCACUUCCACUAUAUCUCGAACUUAAAGCCGCGCCUCUCAAACAGGCUUCAGUGUAAAUCCCCCUUGGAUUUUUUGUACCUUUGGCUUCUCGAAAGCGCCGCGUUUUAGUCUCAAACUAAGUAAGUGUUUACCAGAGGUAAUACUUUCAUAUUUACAUCCUCGUUUUAUAGCACCAUCAAAACGAGACAGGAUGAGCAGGUGAUGUUGAAUUGCAGAUAUCACCUCCCUUCUUUAAAUUAUAAUUCAUUCACUGUUUCAUUUAUAAUUCAUUCACAUCUGUAACCAAGGAUUUUCUUUUGUAACACAAUACCGCGUGCACUUGUAAAAUCAAAGUGGUCGCUAUGAGUAAGUUAUUCACGUGGAUAUGUGGAGCCAUACCCUUUGGCACCUCAGAUCUUUAGACUCAGACCCGCUGCUUUUGCUAAAACACAAACUUGACUGCAAGGCGCCAUUUCAGAGAGUUCAAAUAUUUAUCCAACUUAAACAUGACAUUGAACUUGGGACCAUGAAGAGUCAUAAACCAAUACCGUGUGGCGUUAAAACUAAUUUUAAUCUACCACAAAAUGC